GCUUGCUGCAGCAGCGGUAGCUGAGCGCGCACGGCCGGGCCGGUUGCAUAAAAUGUGCUUGUCCGGGGGCGGCCGCGCGCACACGGUCGCAAGCACGCGAGAACGCAACACGCCCCGGCGUCACCUGUUUAGCUAACCGCUCUCUCAUCUCGUUCGCGUUCUCUCGCGCGCGUUUUUUGAUGUGCCGACAGUGAGUAGCAGCGGGGCGCCGACGCCGACGGAAGCCAUCGGGAGGAAAGAGCACACUCGUGAAGAUCCAGAAAGUUGUCCCGAUGGCUCCACGGAUGAAAGGUGGUGGCUCUGUUAGGACGCUGCUUGUUCACCUCUUGUUACACUGCCUGCUGCUCUGGGGCCAGUGCUGGGCCUACCACUGUAACGACAAGUACCGAAAAUUCUCGCCACGACACACGAUAUGCCUACCCCACCGCCAGGACUGCUCGAUAGCUUCGGCCGGUGUCACAAAGAAGGAAAUCCAGGAAAUAAUGGUCGCACACAAUAAAUACCGACAGUCCGUUGCCACGGGGAAGGUGCCUGGACUUCCACCCGCUGCAAAUAUGAUGGAGCUGGUCUGGGACAAUGAGCUUGCCGCAGUGGCUCAGGCGCACGCGAAGCAAUGCCGAUUCCACCACGACUGCUACUCCUGCCGAAGGGUUUCCAGGUUUUCGGCGGGACAAAACAUGUUCCUCCAUUAUUCUUCCUCUCUACGACUGAAACCGACCAACUGGGCGAGCGUCGUCAAAGGCUGGUUCGACGAGUACAAACUGUUCAAUCCCAACGAGGUCGACUCAUUCCGCACCGUACAAGACAGCGGCCAUUUCACUCAGCUGAUCUGGGCGAAAACCACUCACGUUGGUUGCGGCAAAGCAAGGUUCAAGAUUAAGGACGAGGAUUGGUACCGCACGCUGUACACGUGCAACUACGGACCCAUGGGCAAUAUUAUUCAGUCUAGGGUCUACCAAAAAGGCCAACCGUGCAGCCGCUGUCCGAACAGAACAUCGUGCAGCCCGUCUGUGCCGGGUUUGUGCCGCUUAGCCGCAAUGCCAUUGGCACGGCUGUCGCCUGCUGAUGUCGUUCGAGUUUAUCAUUUUCCUAAGCAGCGCACGGGAUUUAUGAACCAUGUCCGUGUGUAUCAGUUCCCGCAGCAGGCGCAAAAACGAAACUUUCAUGCGCUCCCUGUCGCCUCGCCUCCGAAUGUACCAACAAUGCCUCGUCAAACAAUGCAGGUUGUUGAACCAAUGCAAAGAGUUCAGCGAGCUCAGUUACCGUUGAACCCUGAAGCGCUGGGCAGCAUGCCUUUAAAUGAGCAGCCAGAGAUGAUGUUUGGUACGGGGUUGGACACAUUCGGCGACCCUCUACAGAGGUUUUCUAGGAAAGCAGAUCCGCACUUUCAACGGCCGAUCAGUAUCGCCAAUCCUGAAAACUCAUCCUGCAAAUGUGAUGAGGCAGCCAUGGAACAAAUGAGAAUAAAGCUCCUGAGCCUUAUACCUAGAACACAUGGAUUUGUACCAGAAAUCCAGGUCAAGUGUCAGUGCAAGAAGAUCGUAUCUCCGGGUUCAACUUAUCAGGUUUUGCAGCGCCAAGAGUCCAGGAACUGACGCACGUCGACAGCCGUGACAGCAUACGCAUCCUACAAAAUCAGCAUUGGGUAUCAUUAACGCAGGGACGGUUACCUUUCCAUUACUGCAUGGUCAUUGAGCACUUCCUUAAUAAACAGAUUACGAUC